CAAUGCUGAGCUCGAAACGGGAUUGUGCAGCUCCCAGACCAAAGGCAACUCUAAUUCCGCUUUGCUAGUUCCCGCUUCGCUCCUUUUCGUCCAUUGCAGUCGCGUCAUGACCUCAUCCAAGCCAAUCCGCUUAGUCAUCGCCCAACCGCGCUCCAUUCCAGACUCGAACCCAAAAACGGCAAUUUCAACCUCGUCCGGUCACCCGCGGUUUGCAGCCCAGAUCCCGCCUCAAACCACCAACCCGUCUCAAACACCACUCACUCUCACACCCACACAAAGCCCCGCCCUUCCAAUCUCAAAUGGAAGAGCUAGACCUCCUGAUCCUGGGCGCGGGCUGGACAGCGACGUUCCUGAUCCCACUGCUGCGGGCACGCAACAUCCAAUUCGCGGCAACGACCAGCGACGGCCGCGCCGUAGCAGGCAGCCCGACGAUUGCGUUCCGCUUCGACGCGGCGGCGCCCGACCAGAGCGCCAUCGCGGCCCUGCCGCGCGCGCGCUACGUGCUCGUGACGUUCCCGCUCGUCGGCGCCGGGCCCAGCCGGCUGCUCGUCGACUCGUACGAGGCCACGCACCGGCGGCACCACCACCCUCACUCUGGCACAAGCAAGUUCCGCUUCAUCCAGCUCGGAAGCACGGGCGUGUGGCAGCAAGCGGGCGGCAGCGGGCAGGCAGCGACAGCCAGCGCCCCAGACGGCCCCUGGCUGACGCGGCGCUCGCCGUACGACGCCGGCGACAAGCGCGCCGUGGCCGAGGACGAGCUGCUGGCUCUGGGCGGGUGUGUGCUGGAGCUGGCGGGCCUGUGGGGCGGCGCGCGCGACCCGCGGCACUGGGUCGGGCGCGUCGUCGCCACCAAGGACGCCGUGCGCGGCAAGACGAGCCUGCAUCUGAUUCACGGUGUCGAUGUGGCGCGCGCCAUUGCUGCUGUCAUGGCUGGUGGUGAUGAUGCGUGGGCUAGCGCUGCUGCCGGCCAGCGCUGGAUGCUCACCGAUGGCUUUGUCUAUGACUGGUGGGCGCUGCUGGCGGGUUGGGCGGAUGUUGCUGUGGCUGUGCCGGCUGGGGAGGGCGAGGGAGAGGACGACAAGCAGCCGACGGAGCAGGCCCGCUGGGUGUAUGAGUUGAUGGUUGAAGAGGGCGUGCGCGCGCUGCCGAGGUCCAUGGAGCGCCUGGGUCGCUGCUACGACUCUCGCGAGUUCUGGGCCACGUUUGGACUGGCGCCACUCAAAGCCCGCGUGUGAUGUGGCUUGGGCAUUGGCUGUUCGAAUGGGCUGUUGGUUCGCGGGGGUGGGAAAUCACUUGGUAGUAUUGUGCCGGUUAUUACAAAAGAGACAUCUCACAUCUUCAUAGCGGAAGUUGAAGCACGAUUAAGAAUCAAAACAAAUUUUCUCAACUGUUAUAGUUAUUUCAUUUCAAAUACCGAACAAACAAC